UGGAGAGUAGUCUGAAUUGGAUAUGGUGUGUGUAAAGAUGAGGUAAAAGGCUGGAUGGAGAGUAGUCUGAAUUGGGUUCUGGAAGCUUCCUCCAGCUCACACAUCGCACUCAUCCGCCAGCCGCGAGUGUUUCCAAGCCCGCGAGGCCGCAUCCGCCGCGGAGCGCCGUGGACUCGCGCUCCGCGGCUUCUCGUGCCGUGAAGCCUCGCGAUUGGCCCCGUGUCUGUGCGCUCGCUCACCCGGAUCAGGUGAUGCCCUGCGAGGGCAGCGAUUGGCUCAUGUCUCAGACCUUCCCCGAGGUGAUUGGUGGAGUGACAGGCACUCUGCAUGUGACCUCUACAGUAAGCUUCCGUCCAGCCGAAGAGAAGCGCUGGCGCAGGAGCUCAUAUAGCGCCGGGGUGCGACUGACAACCUCGGUCACGGUGUCAUUUGUGUCAUUAAAAGGUCUUCUGGACGCGUGCGGCAACACAGUACAUAUCGUUACAACCGACCAACGCGUAGUAUAAAGAGCAAUUAGCUAUGAAUAUCAACUUUCACAGACGUCCUUUUCGAAUGGAGUAGAUUAUGUGGCAGAGCACGGCAGCAAACCCGCAGGCAGCAGCUGACUUCCUGCAGGGCGCCCCCCACAGGAAGCACCCAGGCGUUACAGCCCUGAAGACUGUGAGUCUGCCGGAGGAGCUGCAGAGAGCUGCGCUGGUCUCCAUACACGGGGCAGCAGUGAGCGGGCUGGCUGAUAGGGCACGCAGGCUCACUAACUACCUGUGGAGCAGGAAGAGGGCAGUGGAAGACUCAGCGCUGAGGGAGAAGGCCAUCGCUUUGGAGAAAACCCUACUGGAAAAGGAAAAGGAGAAAGGAAGAGGUGAGAGAGGAAGAGAUGGAGACAUCCACCUACUGGAGACUCAAAUUAAGAAGAAGGUGUUAACAGCACUCAGAAAAACAACCUAUCACUGGACUCCUCUGAGGUACGAUGACGACCUGGCUGUGGUUUACCUGGCGGCCAGGCUGGCUGGGGGGUACGCUGCUGUCAGGAGGGUUUUGAAUGAGGUGAAGAAGAGAGAUCCCUCUUUCACUCCUCAGUCAUUGCUGGACUUUGGCUCUGGAGUGGGGACAGUUCUCUGGGCGGUGCGCAGUGUGUGGGGUGAAGCUGAGAGGGAGAGUGUUUGUGUUGACAGCUCUGCAGCCAUGAACUCACUGGCGGACCAGCUGCUCAGAGGAGGCAGUGACAGAGAAGACCCCCUGAUCAAGCAGGUGUAUUUCCGCCAGUUCCUCCCUGUCUCUCCAAAGGUGCAGUAUGACCUGGUGGUCAGUGCGUUUGCUCUGUCAGAGCUGACCUCUCAGAAGGAGAGGAGAGACACUGUGCUCACGCUCUGGAGAAAGACAAACUCCCUCCUGGUGCUGGUGGAGAAUGGGACGAAAGAUGGUCAUCAGGUCCUCAUGGAGGCCAGAGAUGCAGUGCUGACAGGGAAGGACAGGGUGACAUUCGACUCCAGGACGCCUCAGGUGUUUGCACCGUGCCCUCAUCAGUUACCCUGUCCCAGACUGGCACAGGAGUCCCAGCUGCCCUGCAACUACCCCCAGCCCUACCGCCCCCUGCCCCUGCCAGGGAGCCCUGAUCGGGCGGUGGAGCGCUUCAGUUACCUGGUUCUGAGGCGGGCGGGGCCGGAGCGGGAGGCGGAGCCAGAGCUGGAGGCGGGGCCAGAGCAGGAGGCGGGGCUGGCCUGGGCUCGGCUGAUUGGCCCAGUGCUCCGCAGGUCUCGGCACGUCCACUGCCAACUGUGCUGCUCCGACGGAGAGAUCAGGCGGCUGGUUGUGACUGCUCGCCGACACGGCAGAGACAUGUACCGGUGUGCCAGGAGCAGUGACUGGGGAGACCGGCUGCCAAUCAUCCAGCCAGAGGAUGCCGCCCCCUCAGAUUCAGAAUGAACAGCCAAUGAGAGC